AUGGACAUUUGCAUUUCAGCUGUUACCAAACUGGCUCAAUUCACUGUGACUCCGGUUUGGCGAAAGUUAAGUUAUUUGAUCCAUUACAAGAGUAAUGUAGAGCAUCUCACUGGUCAAACUGAGAGGCUGGUUGGCAAAAGAGACGGGGUGAAACUCGCCGUGGAGGCAGCAGCCCGGAAUUUGGAGACAAUCGCUCCUGAAGUUGAGACCUGGCUGUGCAAUUCGCGGCGUUACUUGGGUGAGAAGGCUAAGAAGAUGAGUUUGGUGGUUGACAACCUUCUUAGAGAUGGGAGUUUCACGAGGGUUUCGUAUCCUGCUCCUCCCCCGGAGAUAGGGUUUUCGGCAAUACAUGAAGGGGGCAGCUCCUCAGGAACAUCUGACCCUGCUCCUCCAGCAGCAGCAAUGGAACUUUUUGAGGGUCCUCAGCAUAGAUUACCCUAUUCAGAGGAGAUCCUGAAAGCUCUGCAAGAUGACAACAUCGAUAUGAUUGGUAUUGCUGGAAUAAUUGAACGGGAAGAUGCUGUAACAACGAAAGAGUUCAUCCGGAGAGUCAAAGAGCAAGAUUUAUAUCAAGAGGUUGCGGUGGCAGUUGUGUCCCAGAAUCCUGACCUGAAAAGGAUACAAGGUGCAAUAGCAGAUGUGCUGGGGCUGACUUUGGAAGAUAGAAGUUUACUUGAGCGAGCAGAGAAGCUAAAUUGUAGAAUCAUGUCCAUGGACUCGAAUAGGCUCGUCGUGAUUUUGGCUGAUGUUUGGGAAUUACUUGAUUUGGUGGCAGUUGGAAUCCUUGGUGGUGAUAGCGAGGAAAGAUGCAAGAUCAUAUUGGUAGCCAAACAUCCGAAUGUCUCCAGUGAGGAAAUCGCAGAUUUUCUAGGUCUGAAGCUCACAGGGCUAAGUUUAGCUGGAAGAGCAAACGAGUUAAAAGAAAGAUUAUCGGGUAAUAAGAGGGUCCUUGUAAUAUUAGAUAAUGCUUGGACACAGAUAGAUAUGGAGGAAGCAGGAAUUCCAUCUUGCUGCAAAAUCUUGGUGUCAUCACGAAAUCAAGAUAUAUUCAAUGACAUAGAAACCAAAAGGAAUUUUCCGAUCAGUGUGUUGCCAGAACAAGAUGCAUGGAGUUUGUUUAAGGAUAUGGCAGGCACAUCCAUUGAAUCUCCUCAGCUACGUCUUGUAGCGCAACAGGUUUUAAGAGAAUGUGCUGAAAGCAGCAAUAUACCGGUUGAAGAUUUGGUUAGAUAUGGUUUCGGGCUUGGGUUGUUUAAAGGGGUGCAGUUUGAUCAGCUUGAAAGAUUUAAGAUCUCAAUAGGAUGGUGGAACAGAAGUUGUUGGGAUGUGAAUCCCUGUGAGAACUACUUGAGACUUAGCUAUGCAGCAGAAUCUCCUGCAGAGAGUAGAAUAACUAUAUUGCUAGAGAAAACUAACGUUCUAGAGUUAGACAUGCAGUAUAUGAGCAGAACUCUUAAUGACCUGAGAAGAAACUGUUGUUUAAACUUGAAAUCUCUAAAGCUCUGCAAUUCUGAAGAUCUACAAUAUGUCUUUGACAUGGGAUAUGUAAGUGUUUUCCCUGUCCUGCAUACGCUGAAGAUCGAUGAACUAAAGGAGCUCAAGGCGGUUUUUCAUGGCGAGCUUCCAGUGGGGUCAUUUAACGAACUUAGAGAGUUAUUUUUAUCGUCUCUACCUAAAUUAACACAUUUAUGGAAGAUACCAAGUCAAUUUGAUCAGUGCCUAAGAAAUCUGAGAUGCGUUAAGGUGAGUAGACUUUACGUUCUAAAAUAUCUCUUCCUAUUAUCAGUAGCUAGCCAUCUGAAGCAACCCGAAGAGCUAGACAUACAAAAUUGCCUCUAUUUGCAAGAGAUUGUUGCCUUAAAAGAUCAGACCUCAAAACAAAUUGUUGCCAUUGAAGAAUCGGAAAAUGAGGAAGAAGUCAACGAGAUCAGUCACCCCAAUUUGCUACGCUUGAAUCUUGAAAGACUACCAGGGUUCGUUGGGAUCACCAAAACUAUAUGUAAGAUCAACUUUCCUGGAUUGAUCACGUUGAAGUUGGAAUGCCUACCAAAAAUCAUGAGUCUUUCUCCAGAUAGUUUGGCUCCAGAAAGUAGCAUUGCUUAUGCCACAAAACAACAUUUAUUUGGCAUCAAGGUUAGUCCCUUUUGGCAGCUACGAUUUGUGAUGGUGAAGGAAUGUGCUAAGCUAUCUGGUAUUUUCUCGUUCAGUUGGAUGCAGGACUUACAAAGUCUGGAACAACUUGAAGUAAGGGAAUGUAGGUCACUGGAAACAGUUCUCGACUUUGAAGAUCUAGAAAUGAAACAGAAUCCAAAGCAAUUCCCUGCACUUUUGGAGUUUCUACUCUCUCCUUCCAUUGCUAGGGGUAUGGUGAAGCUCGAAGGUCUAUCCAUAAUUGAGUGCAAGAAGAUGGAAGUAGUAGUUGCAAAACCGCUAGCGGAUGAAGAAUCAGAGGAUAACAGCUUGCUCCCUCAGCUAAGUUAUUUGGAACUUCGCGCUCUACCAAAUCUCAUAAGUUUUUCUCAAGGCAAAUGUAAUUUAGAUUGGCCAUCACUGGAAGAGUUAACUGUUGAAGAAUGCCCUCGAAUGGAGAAUUUAUGUUUAGGUUCCCUUAGCACACCAAGGGAAGUGAAGUUAAGUAUCAGCGGGGCAAGUGAAAAUCUUCAGAAGGAGCUGAACGACAGUCGGAAAGAAACUUAA